AUGUCGACCAUUCCCAGGACUCUGGGCAACCUGCGCAAGAUUGGCAUUAAGGAAUACUUCCGCCAGAUGCUGACCACAGGUGACACCAAAUACGGUACUCUCAUCGGCCAGGAUCGCUUCGGCAACAAAUACUACGAGAACCUCGAGGAACUGCCCCUCCGAACCCGCUGGGUCGACUACGCCAAGCACGACUACGAUGCCGCCCACAUCGAGCCCGGCUGGCACGCCUGGAUCAGCUACUCCGUCGACAAGCCUCCGACCCAGGACAGCCUGAUCGCCACGGGCACACGACACUUUGAGCCUGCUCUUCCCAAGCCCAACUUUACCGGAACGCGAGGCGCUUACAAGCCAUAUAACACAGUGAAAUCGAAGCUGAAUGCUUGGGAGCCGGUGGCCAAGGAUCGGGUAUGA